GGAGUCCCCCGUCCAGAGGUGAUGGCAUUGAGCUCCCUGCAGCUGUCAUAGCCGUGGAUGCCAGGUGCCCAGGCUGAGCCAGUGUCCCAGGCCAGGGGCCCAAGGGCUGCUGUGCAAGAGAAGAGGUGUGAAGGAAAGCACUGCAAAUUUGCUGCCAGAAGAGGAGCAAUGAAUACUUCAUUUCAUCUGCAUUUCUUGGAUCUCAACCUGAAUGCCACAAAGGGCAACCUUUCGUAAUCAAAUGUCAAGGACAAGUUUUUGCUGUGUGAAGAGAUGGGCAUCGCCAUGGAGGUGUUUCUGACUCUGGGUCUCAUCAGCCUCCUAGAGAACAUCUUGGUCAUAGGCACCAUAGUGAAGAACAAGAACUUGCACUCUCCCAUGUAUUUCUUUGUGUGCAGUUUAGCAGUAGCUGACAUGCUGGUGAGCGUGUCCAACGCCUGGGAGACCAUCACCAUAUACUUAAUAAAUAAUAAGCACCUGGUGAUAGCAGAUACCUUUGUGCGUCACAUUGACAACGUGUUCGACUCUAUGAUCUACAUUUCCGUGGUGGCCUCCACGUGCAGUUUGCUGGCCAUUGCAGUGGAUAGGUACUUCACCAUCUUCUAUGCCCUGCGCUACCACCACAUCAUGACAGUGAAGCGUUGCAGGAUGAUCAUUGCGUGCAUCUGGACCUUUUGCACAGGCUGCAGUAUUGUUUUCAUCAUUUACUACAAAUCCACUUAUGUCAUCAUUUGCCUCAUCUCCAUGUUCUUCACUAUGUUGUUCUUCAUGGUGUCUCUGUAUAUCCACAUGUUCCUCCUGGCACGGACUCACGUCAAGCAGAUAGCAGCCCUGUCUAGAUCCAGUUCUGUGCGGCAAAGGACCAGCAUGAAAGGGGCUGUCACCCUGACCAUGCUGCUAGGCAUUUUCAUCGUGUGCUGGGCUCCGUUCUUUCUCCAUCUCAUUUUGAUGAUUUCUUGCCCUCAGAACCUCUAUUGUUCCUGCUUUAUGUCUCACUUCAAUAUGUACCUCAUACUCAUCAUGUGUAAUUCUGUGAUCGAUCCUCUGAUAUAUGCCUUACGCAGCCAAGAGAUGCGGAAGAACUUUAAAGAGAUUAUUUGUUGCCAUGGCUUCAGAAUGGCCUGUAGGUUCCCUAGCAGGUAUUAAACAGGAAGUUCUUCUCUCUGCCGCUCUCUUUUCUCCUUCCUUUACCUUAUGACAAAGUCAGGUACAGCCAAGGCGUAAGCAAGAAAACUAGAAAUCAAAACCGUGCAUUCCCUUUAUCUUCUUUCCAUCUCGAACUUGUGCUUAAGAUGUACUCUGUUGUUGUUUUGUUUGUCCUGUGGCAGUUGUUGGGUCAGACGUGCACAUGCCGCUUAUCCAUUUUGGGACUGUUCUGUGACAAUUUCUUACUGUCCUGUUUCCUCCUACUUUUUCUCCUGCUCCCACCCAUUUAUGGGGGUCUCGUCCAUCCUCCAUCUAUUAAGUGUGUGCUCAGGGAAGGUAAAACAUCCUGGGUGCAGGUCUAAGCGUGAUGAAGAGCUGACAGUAAUGGAAAGAAAAGCUGUGUACGUCUACAUCGUGUCUGAUUGCUUUCUCUCCGCAAAAGCAGUUCCAUAACUUUGCUUGAUGCUCCUGGGAGUUGUGCAUGUGUUUUGGGGCAGAAUAGAGUGGUCAAAUUCUUUCCAUUUGACAUUUCCUGUCCAUUUGUUAUAGGAUGUCUCUACAGCUCUCCUUUCCUGAACUGUUGGUUUUAUGGCUUUUGUCCAUAAUUGUCCAAUGAUGGAAUUUCCUUAAUUUCACUCCUGUCAAUCAUGUUUUUGCACCUACCCAGCCAUAAACCUUCAUGCUCCAAACCUUGCCUCAUGUGGUGUGAAAGUCUCUGUGACUCUUUCUUACUGUCUUACUCUGACUCAGUCCAGGGUUUCCAAGUGAGUGUUUGGGGGCAUGUCAGGGGCUCUAGGCGCCCCUGUGCUGCAUGUAGCACAUGCCCAUAGCCAAGCUAUCUUUGAUCUUCUCAGACGGGGUCUGUCUUGGAGUCUGAAACUCCACUGCUGUACACAUUGCACAUCGCAGUCUGACUCCAGCAGCCAGAGAAGGUCAGGUGCCCAUCUCUAACCCUGGGAGUCCCGUCUUCUGCAAUGUAGAAUGGAGUGAGAAAAUCCGAGUUCAGGUCCUGACUCUGCCGUUAACAGGUGAUGUCUCCUUAAUCAUCUCAUUUCAGGUUCCACAUCUGCGCUGACCUCACAGAUGGUCAUGAGAACUGCGUGAGAAAAUGUGAGAACACCUUGAAAACUUGUAAAGCACCAUAGAGGUUGGCUAUUUAUUUUAAAGAAAUGUUGCAGAUGGGACAAACACUAGGCGAGGAUGCAGGGGGCAGUGAUCAGAGCAGUGGCCAGGAAACCAGGAGGCCUGCUGCACCACAGAGCACCUAUGUGACCUUGGCUAUGUCUCUAACCUCUCGGUCCCAGAGUUCUUAUCUGCAGUGAGGGGCUUGGUCCUUACAGCUCUCGUGUUCUGUUCUAUUAUUUUUGGUGUUAAUAUCUUCUCUUUUGUUUUGGAUAUUCAUGUCUAGACCAUUCCCAGUGAAGGACAAAUUGUAAAUAAAGAAGUGGACCGUUAGGGUCACACAAUGAUGAGCUGUUGAAACCUAUUGGGGCAGAGGAACUUCCUGGGUGGAUGUAGUACACAAAAGUAACUUAUAGACAUGACCCCCACCCUUGGUAGCUCAGAGUCCAGAAAAAAAUGAUGCUGGCAUGAGCAGGAAAGUGCAUAAGACAUCCAAAUCUUUGGAAAAUGGCAAAUUAGCAGGUUGUUGACAACUGAGGUGUGAAGGGGCAGCUAGCCCUUCAAAUGUUUCCUGUUCCUUUUAGCUG